AUGCGCCUUCUUCUUGCCGCGCUCACAGCACUUACAGUCCAGCGGCACAGCCUCCACGCACAAGCCCGAGCCCAAGCCCAAGUGACGCAAACCGAGAUCGUCGCGACGACGAUAACACACUACUACACGGCGCCGGCCCCCACCGUCCCUCUAUCACCCCAGUACACAGACGAUCUAGAUUUCCGCACAUCCAUCCUCAACUCAACCAACUUCUAUCGCUACGAACACUCCGCUGGAUUCCUAUACUGGAACACAACCCUAGCCGCCUACGCGCAAGAUUACUCGUCGAAAUGCGAAUGGCAGCAUUCACACGGCGCAUACGGCGAGAACCUGGCGCGGGGUUACACGAACGUGACCGCCGCGGUGGAAGCAUGGGGCGACGAGCGCAAGGACUACAACUUCUCGACCAGCAACCCGACGGGCUUCACCGAGCCGACCGGCCACUUCACGCAACUGGUCUGGCUCAGCACCCAGUCCACGGGUUGCGGCUGGACGGACUGCGAUGGCAAGAACGGCCUUGACGGCGUCUAUCUCGUCUGUGAAUACUGGCCUCCCGGGAAUCUCGUAGGUCAGAACAACUACUGGUUCAAGGAGAAUGUCUUCCCUCAACGGCCUGGUGGUGACGAUGGAUUCAAUGAACUGGCUGCUACCAGGGGUGCCACCGGCGGUGUGCCCAGCUUGACCGCCUCGGCGCCCACUGCAACGGCGUCCAGUGCUGGUGGAGAGAGUAUAGGGACGAUUUCGAACGUUUGGGCCUCGAUAGGCGUCACGUUCGCGGCAUUGCUGUUUGGGUUCGGCAUGUCUUGA